CGCCGGUCCUCGACUACGUGAGAGAUACCAACGGUUCAGUGCGGGGUAGCCUCCACGACUGUUAAGGACGCCAAGAGUACGUCGCGUCGUCCCGACGAGAGCGACGUCAAGGAUAAGGAGGAGGACGAGGGCAAGUGUCACGGUUCCUCGACGCACUCGGAUAGUUUCGGUACGUCUUCACGUUCCGUUCUCGCGUAAAGAUCAUCUUCCCUGUUCGCGGUUCUUAAUGACGGUACGCAGCCGUUCGCGACCGUGUCAGAUAAUUUUAAAUGAAUCGCGCGCGAAAGUGAUUGAUAAAGAGUCGUCGGACACCCACGGAGCGUUUUACACCUGCGACGUUUGGAACGUAUAACGAGUCGUGAAAGGAGUUGGAAGAAUAUCGUCUGCUGCACCUGUGCGCAUACUUUCUCCUGGAAGGAUCCACCUCGAUUAAUUUCAGGUGAAGGACCGUAUUGAUCGAUACGAUCGAUACCGGUACCACGGGCGAAGGAGGAACUCAAAGGAGGAAGCAGAAGCAGCAGCGAGCUUGGUGAGUUGGGUGAAAAAUCGAUGGCCAUCAGCGCCCAUGGGCGGCCUCGCGUUUAGAACAAGGAAUAGCCCCUCCCAGAAGACCUCGCUCCGGUGGGGUGACUGCUGCCCCCCAAAUUCCAACCCUCCGUCGUCGUCGACCGUCUGGAAGGAUCGUCAUCAGGACAUGCCGCCGGUACCCGUGUGAGGCUGUCCCCCACUACUUCGUGAUUGUACCCCCCGGGUUCUUCAGAGGUAUCCGAAUCUACCAAAAUCGGAUCGGCCGCCAUACCUCUCGGACUUGCGUCUCCGCCAGUUCGAGUUUACGCAAGCGGACCUCUACUCACCGAAGAUGACAAUCAACAUCGCCGGUAUCGUGUCAAUCGUUCUGUUUUACGUGCUAAUCCUAGCCGUAGGAAUAUGGGCAGCGAGGAAGAAAGAGGCUGGAAACGACUCCGAGGAGGAGGUGAUGUUAGCAGGCCGGUCUAUAGGGCUGUUCGUCGGGAUAUUCACGAUGACGGCUACCUGGGUAGGUGGUGGAUACAUCAACGGCACCGCCGAAGCAAUCUACACAAGAGGUCUCGUUUGGUGCCAGGCUCCCUUCGGAUAUGCCCUCAGCCUCGUCUUUGGUGGUAUAUUCUUUGCGAACAAAAUGCGAGAACAGGGGUACAUCACGAUGUUAGAUCCUCUACAAGACGCGUUUGGCGAACGUAUGGGAGGACUUUUGUUUCUUCCUGCUCUUUGCGGCGAGGUCUUUUGGGCCGCGGGUAUUCUGGCAGCUUUGGGCGCAACACUAGCGGUGAUCAUUGAUAUGGACCAGGGUGCCUCAGUUAUUUUGAGCGCCUGUAUCGCUGUUUUCUACACACUCUUCGGAGGCCUUUAUUCUGUUGCUUACACCGACGUCAUUCAACUUUUUUGCAUCUUUAUAGGCUUGUGGAUGUGCAUUCCAUUCGCUUGGUCCAAUCCAAUAGUAAAGUCCCUCGAAUCUAUGGACGUAGAUUGGAUUGGUGAAGUGAAACCAAAUGAAUAUUGGUCUUACGUCGAUUACGGACUCUUAUUGGUAUUCGGUGGCAUCCCUUGGCAAGUGUACUUUCAGCGGGUACUAUCUUCAAAAACAGCAGGAAGAGCGCAGGUGUUGAGUUACGUGGCCGCAGCAGGUUGCAUACUCAUGGCCAUCCCGCCUGUAUUAAUUGGCGCAAUCGCCAAAGCAACAAAUUGGAAUGAAACGGAUUACAAAGGUCCAUAUCCGUUCACCGAGACAGAGACAAGCAUGAUUCUGCCAAUGGUUUUGCAACAUUUGACGCCAGAUUUCGUUUCAUUUUUCGGGUUAGGCGCAGUGUCGGCGGCGGUGAUGUCUUCAGCGGAUAGUAGCAUCCUUUCGGCUAGUUCCAUGUUCGCCAGAAAUGUUUAUAAAUUGAUCUUCCGUCAGAGGGCGUCGGAAAUGGAGAUCAUCUGGGUGAUGAGAGUGGGAAUAGGCGUGGUCGGCGUAUUGAGCACGGUGAUGGCAUUGACGAUACCCUCGAUCUACGGUCUUUGGUCGAUGUGCUCGGACUUGGUCUACGUGAUCCUCUUCCCUCAGUUGUUGAUGGUGGUCCACUUCAAAGAGUAUUGCAACACUUACGGCAGUCUAGCUGCUUACAUAAUAGCCUUCGUAGUAAGGAUCAGCGGCGGCGAGCCGAUGAUGGGUCUGCCCGCGAUAAUUCACUAUCCCGGUUACGACGAGGAGACGGACACCCAAGGGUUUCCAUUCAGAACGAUGGCGAUGCUGAUGUCGUUGAUAACGCUGAUCGGCGUUUCAUACGGCACGCAAGUAGCCUUCAUGACCGGUAGGCUGGCGCCUGGAUACGAUUUCUUCCGGUGCGUGGUCAAUAUACCAGAGGAUGUCGAGAGGGUCGGUCCAGAUCCGGCGGAAGGCGAACAAAUGGCCGUCCUGGCUGCCGGCAUCGGCAGAUUGUACGGUAGCAAGGACGAAUCGAACGGCCGAGUGAAUCCUGCGCUCGAGCCGGACUACGACAUGGAACCGGGAUGCAAGACAGGCGGGGAACCGGAAAGCCUCGUGGGCGGCGGCGGCGGCGGGGGCGGAGGUGGCGCGCAUCUCGUGCCUCACGGACCGAACGUGCCGCGACAACCGCAAUCCAGCACCGCGUUCUAAUUCCUGGUUCCGUGAUCGGAUGCUGUGACCAACAAUAAGUGCGGCGGUGCAGGUCUCAGGUUCUCUGUUCUACUUCACGAUUUCGUUCGCACUGCUACAUCCUUUGCUUUCCUCUUUUCGUUCUUCGCUUCGGCCUCUUUCAGCAAAAAAAUCUCACGUUUCGUUAAACGUGUUUCCAAUCGAGUGUACGAAUAAUUGAUCACGGAGAAAGUUCGUGAAUGUCAUUAAGAAGACAUCUAUAAAGCUGAACGAGGUACGUUUAUUUUAGUGACAUCUUCGUACACAAAUUUUUAUGCGGCAUAAAGUUUCGGAUUUUCUCAUAUUAUCUUUUCAUGAUUGAAAGUAAUUUUGAAUUUCCUCGCGUUAGUCCAGCUUUAAGUUUCACUUUUUUUCAUAUAUAUUUCAAUUUAAGUUCAAUCUGUCUCCCCCUCUGCUUACGUCUAUGAAGCUCCGAAACAUGGCACUCUGGUAGUUCUGCGCGAAUCUUCUUUCGUGGUCGUCUUCAUACGUAAAUGCAGUUCUAUAGUGAUGUGCAUCUGUUCGAGAGUUCUCGUUUACUCUUUUGCUACGACGACAGUGAAAACAAGACUAAAGGAUAUGUAAAAAAGUGGUUGAAUGAGCGAAAAUGGAACUGGAAAGAAAGCGCAAUACUCAUAAAUGUCGAAGCUUCCUAGACGGUCUGACGAGGUAAUUUUUUUGCCUGUACCGCCAAUUAGGCCUAGUAACUUCUUUGUUUCCUUUUUGAGAAUAUAUAUACAUAUCCAUUUAUGUACGAUUAUGUACACGCGCGUACGUACAUAGUCAUACGUGAAUACAUUAUAUAUUUAGAGUUUAUCAAACUGCUUGAGAGAACUAACGCCCUGUUGCACGACCGAUUCGCCUCAUUAUCCUCGUGAAAAGUAUCUCAGAAAUUCGUGAGAAGUUUGAUGGAGCACAAAGAGCUGAAUCGAUUCUUGUACCUUGUUCAUUACUUAUUUAUUCGGGACGAGCGGCUGUCGACAGGCAGACAAACAGAGUUUGUACAUAUAUAUAUAUAUACAUAUUAUAAUGAAAAAUAGAUGAACGUUACAUAUAGAAACAUUCUAGAGCCAGUUCAAUUAGGUGAAUCAUUAACAGUUUAGUCUUCUUCCACGUGCAUCGUUUCAUCCAUCUCUCAGCGUCCAUUGUCACUAUGUAAUUAUUAUAGAAUUCACUGUCGAGUUUUGAUGUUAGAAAAAAUGAAAACAUGAAAGAAAACAAAAAAAAAUUGAGAAAAGAACCGUUAAGAAGCUUUUGUACUUGCGAUUGAUUGUUCUUCCCUUGCUUAGUCCGAUCGGAUGUGUAGAUGACACUCGAUACAUCUGCACGUCCGUUUAUAUUGUAUGAAACAAAAGCGAAGUUAAAUGUUACAAAUUAACUUGUCACGCAGCCGCUCGUCUAGCUCCAAGAGUGAGAUCUCUCGUGAUUCACGUAUCGAAACGUGUAGCCAAACGCGUUUAGAAUUUUUUCUUAACGGUGAUGAUCAUAAUUUGCAAGUAAGGGUAUGAGACUGCAUCUGUAUUUCUAAAGUAUUUAGUAGAGUAUGAUUUGAAGUUUUUUGUUUGUGGGGUUUAGAAAUAGAUAUAAUGAUUAUAACAUCAAACAUUUCCAUCUCAACGACACGCGAAUGAUUAUGAUGCAAGUUUUAUUGAACGGCUUGUUUAGUGAUCAUCAAAUCUUAAACGAAUAAUGUCUUCAGACGUAUCGGUCGUUGCACGGAUUCGUUAUGUUUAUUAUAUAGUAUAUAUACAGUGUAUAAUAUUAUCGACAUUACUGGCAUUAAAAGAAAACCCAGCCGAAUGAAUUAGAAUUAUCGACGAACGGAGGAGAAAGCAUAAGAGAAAGAUUCCUCGAAA